AUGAAGCGAUUACUGAUUUCGAAGCAACCAAACGAUGUUGGGCAGAACGACAAAAGUAAGAAACAGUACGACAAAAGAAAAGUGAAGGUCCGGAAAUACGACGACAGUUACCUUGAGUUUGGUUUUACGCAUAGUGUGGCAAAUGGUGAAGAUCGUCCUCAAUGUGUUGUGUGUCUCAAAUUUCUAUCGGUCGAAUCCAUGCUUCCCAGCAAGCUGAGACGUCAUUUGGAAACCCACCAUCCAAAUUUGGUCAACAAAGACAGAGAAUAUUGCCAUCGCAAAUUGACGGAAAAUAAACAGCAACAAGCUUCAUUUUCGCAACAAACCCACGUUAACAACAACGCGUUACUGGCAUCAUACAAAGUGGCGUAUCGUGUUGCGCAGUGUAAAAAACCGCAUGCAAUCGCAAAGGAACUAAUCUUGCCAGCCGCUAUUGAUCUUGUUUCAACCAUGAUUAGGGAGCAGACAAGUCACCAACUGCUGAAGGUACCUGUUUUGAACAACACUAUUUAUCGAAGGAUCGAUGACAUGGCCAAGGUUAUCAACUGUCAGCUCGUGGAUUUGGUCAAGCUCACAAAAUAUGCUUUGCAGUUGGACUAGGCCACGGACAACCAUAAAAACGCGCACCUGAUCUGCUACGUCCGAUUUAUUCACAAGGUCAACUUUUGUGAAGAUUUGCUGUUCUGCAAGCCGAUUUCAAAAGGAACAAUCGGCGAGGAAUUGUUUAAAAUACUCAAUUCUUACAUGGUUGAACAUGGCAUUCCUUGGAAAAACUGCGUCUGGAUCUGCAGGGAUGGAGCUCGUGCCAUGUCAGGUCGUUUCCAAAGAUUGCAAGCACGGAUUCACAGUAAAGCUCCGAAUGCUGUGUGGACACAGUGCAUAAUUCACUGAGAAGCUUUUGCAGCGAAGUGCUGGGCCAAAGAUAUCAGUGAUGUCGUGGACACGGUCGUUAAAGUGGUUAAUUAUGUGAAGACUCGACCGAUGAAGCUUCCGGUUCUCAUCAUCAGUAGUAAGUCCGCUUGA